GUCGGGAGGAGGGAGUAGGAAGAAAAGCCAAGUGUUUGUUGGUGUUGAAAUCGAAGCGAAGUCGUUUCCGUUGAAUCGGAGCAGAGACCAAUGGGGUUGUGGCUGUGGGAUGCUUUCAUCAAUUGGUUGCGCAGUCUCUUUAGCAAGCAUGAAAUGGAGCUAUCUUUGAUUGGCCUUCAGAAUGCUGGGAAAACAUCACUUGUAAAUGUUAUUGCAACUGGGGGUUAUAGUGAAGACAUGAUUCCUACGGUAGGAUUUAAUAUGAAAAAGGUAACUAAAGGUAAUGUGACAAUAAAGUUAUGGGAUCUUGGAGGUCAACCAAGGUUUCGCAGUAUGUGGGAGAGAUACUGCCGUGCUGUUUCAGCUAUUGUUUAUGUUGUUGAUGCAGCUGAUCAUGACAAUUUACCUGUCUCUAGAAAUGAACUUCAUGACUUGUUGAGCAAACCUUCUUUAAAUGGGACUCCCCUGCUGGUUCUGGGUAAUAAGAUUGACAAACCAGAGGCUUUGUCUGAGCAAGACAUGACAGAACAGAUGGGACUGAAAUCUAUCAAUGAUAGAGAAGUUUGUUGCUUCAUGGUCUCAUGUAAAAACUCCACCAACGUUGAUACAGUUGUUGAUUGGCUUGUAAAACAUUCUAAAUCAAAGAACUGAAGCUCGCGUCCAGCCUAUGAAUCUGUGUAUGUUGCAUUACAGACUCUGAUAGCAAGCUGAUUGAAGUGACUUCGUUGUUAGUGUGAUACUAGUUUUUCUUUUUUUCUCUUCCUUUUUUGACUGGCUUACAUCAAAUCAGACAUAUGUAAUUUGAUAUGGAGGUUUUUACGUAUUAAAUCUGAGUGUAGUAAAUUAUAAUGGAAGAUAAUUGCUAGUGCUACAUGUGUACUGGAUUUGAAUAAAUC